UCCUCUCGCCUCAGCUGAAUCUCUUGUUGAACUUUGUUCUGUUUUGUUUUGAAGUCCAAAGCUUUGCUGUUUAUUUUUUCUCUUAGUCUUUCAUUGGCAUUUCACUUUCUCUCUCUUUUCCUUUUUUUUUUUUCUUUUUGAAUUGUGCAUUUGACAGUUUAUUGAGCAAAGUAAGAAAUCUUGUCAAACCCAUAUCGCUGUGAUUUUUCCCCUCUCCUGGCUAGAAUCUCUGCGUUGAUGGUGGCACAGAGGCAGAUGGAAGGUAGCGCGUCCGGCCCCAGGUUUGUGUCGGGCAUCCAUGCUCCUCCAGCUCCCUGAGCAGCUGGGCUGUUGCUCCGCUCUGGUGCUGGCUGAGCCAGGCUGCAGGGUGAGUGAGAGAUGGACCGCUUCCUGGGUUUUGUCAAGCAGAUAAGAAGAUCUAGGAGAAGAAAGGGGAAAAAGUACCGGCCAGAAGAGGAUUACCACGAGGGCUAUGAGGAUGUCUAUUAUUACGCGGCAGAGCAUUUUCGAAAUGAGAGUCCCUACACUAAAUCCGCCAGCCAGACAAAGCCGCCUGAUGGAGCGUUGGCUGUGAGGAGACAGAGCAUCCCAGAGGAAUUCAAGGGCUCCACUGUGGUUGAGCUGAUGAAGAAGGAAGGCACGACCCUCGGGCUGACUGUCUCGGGCGGAAUCGAUAAGGAUGGCAAGCCUCGAGUAUCGAAUCUGCGGCAAGGAGGAAUUGCCGCCAGAAGUGAUCAGCUGGAUGUGGGGGACUACAUCAAAGCAGUGAAUGGGAUCAAUCUGGCCAAAUUCCGCCAUGACGAGAUCAUCAGCCUCCUGAAGAAUGUUGGAGAAAGAGUGGUUCUUGAAGUCGAGUAUGAGCUGCCUCCUGUCUCUGUUCAAGGAUCGAGUGUUAUAUUCCGGACAGUGGAGGUCACGUUACAUAAAGAAGGCAAUACUUUUGGCUUUGUGAUACGAGGGGGAGCGCACGAUGACAGAAAUAAAUCUCGUCCGGUUGUGAUAACGUGUGUUCGUCCGGGAGGGCCUGCGGACAGAGAGGGCACCAUCAAACCUGGCGAUAGGUUGCUCAGUGUGGACGGAAUUCGGCUUCUUGGAACCACGCAUGCCGAAGCCAUGAGUAUUCUUAAGCAGUGUGGACAAGAAGCAACGCUGCUGAUAGAAUAUGAUGUCUCAGUCAUGGAUUCUGUGGCUACAGCAUCCGGGCCACUACUAGUGGAAGUUGCCAAAACUCCUGGUGCCAGCCUUGGGGUUGCCCUCACUACCUCGAUGUGCUGUAACAAACAGGUCAUCGUCAUAGACAAAAUCAAAUCUGCCAGUAUCGCGGACAGAUGCGGGGCGCUGCACGUGGGAGACCACAUCCUGUCGAUCGACGGGACCAGCAUGGAGUACUGCACGCUGGCGGAGGCAACCCAGUUCCUGGCAAACACCACCGACCAGGUCAAGCUGGAGAUUCUUCCCCAUCAUCAGACCCGCCUGGCCCUGAAGGGCCCUGACCACGUGAAAAUUCAGAGGAGCGACAGGCAACUUACGUGGGACUCCUGGGCCAGCAGCCACUGCAGCCUUCACGCCUGCCAUCACUAUAACACGUUCCACCCUGCCCGUGGCAGUGUGCCAGCCCUGCCGCUCCCGCCAGCGCCUCCUCCAAACAGCCCUCCAGCUUUGGUGUCUUCAUCCUUCUCUCCUACCUCCAUGAGUGCAUACAGCCUGAGUUCCCUGAACAUGGGAACUUUACCUCGAAGCCUCUACUCCACUAGCCCACGUGGAACCAUGAUGAGGAGGAAGCUGAAAAAGAAAGACUUCAAAAGCUCACUGUCUUUAGCCUCUAGCACGGUGGGCCUGGCUGGGCAGGUUGUUCACACAGAAACCACAGAAGUCGUGCUGACAGCAGAUCCUGUCACAGGAUUUGGGAUCCAACUGCAGGGCAGUGUGUUCGCCACAGAGACACUCUCUUCCCCACCUCUGAUUUCCUAUAUCGAAGCUGACAGCCCGGCGGAGAGAUGUGGGGUGCUACAGAUUGGAGACAGAGUGAUGGCCAUUAAUGGAAUUCCAACUGAAGACAGCACCUUCGAGGAAGCCAAUCAGCUCCUCCGAGACUCUUCCAUCACGAGCAAGGUCACUCUGGAAAUCGAGUUUGAUGUUGCAGAGUCUGUCAUCCCAAGUAGUGGAACGUUUCAUGUAAAGCUCCCUAAGAAGCACAGUGUGGAACUUGGAAUUACCAUAAGUUCACCAUCCAGUAGAAAACCAGGAGACCCCCUCGUCAUAUCAGAUAUCAAGAAAGGCAGUGUGGCGCACAGAACUGGAACCCUGGAACUUGGGGAUAAGUUACUUGCAAUAGACAACAUCCGGCUGGACAACUGUUCCAUGGAAGAUGCGGUUCAGAUCCUCCAGCAGUGCGAGGACCUGGUGAAGCUCAAGAUCCGCAAAGAUGAAGAUAAUUCAGAUGAGCAAGAAAGUUCUGGAGCAAUUAUUUACACCGUGGAGCUUAAGCGCUACGGGGGACCGCUUGGCAUCACAAUUUCAGGAACUGAAGAGCCGUUUGAUCCUAUAAUCAUUUCCAGCCUCACUAAAGGGGGAUUAGCUGAAAGAACUGGCGCAAUCCACAUAGGAGACCGAAUCCUAGCCAUCAACAGCAGCAGCUUGAAAGGGAAGCCUCUGAGUGAAGCCAUCCAUUUGUUACAGAUGGCGGGAGAGACUGUCACCUUGAAAAUUAAGAAACAGACAGAUGCUCAGUCAGCAUCAAGUCCCAAGAAAUUCCCCAUUCCCAGCCACUUGAGUGACCUGGGAGAUGUGGAGGAGGACCCCUCUCCAGCACAGAAGCCAGGCAAGCUCGCCGACAUGUACUCCUCCACUGUGCCCAGUGUGGACAGUGCUGUGGACUCAUGGGAUGGCUCUGGAAUUGAUGCCAGCUAUGGGAAUCAAGGCACCGGCUUUCAGGCCUCAGGAUACAACUUCAACACCUACGAGUGGAGAGGUUCAAAACAGAGAGGCAGCUUGUCCCCAGUCACUAAGCCGCGGAGCCAGACUUACCCAGAUGUGGGGCUGAGCAGCGAAGACUGGGACCGGUCCACGGUCAGCGGUUUUACAGGGGCUCCGGAUGGCACCGAGGCUGAGCAAGAGGAGAACUUCUGGUCUCAAGCUCUGGAGGACUUAGAAACCUGCGGGCAGUCGGGAAUUCUGCGCGAACUCGAGGCAACAAUCAUGUCGGGGAGCACGGUGAGUUUGAAUCACGAGGCCCCAACACCCCGCAGUCAGCUGGGGCGGCAGGCCAGCUUCCAGGAACGGAGCACCUCGCGGCCGCACUAUAGCCAGACAACUCGGAGCAACACCCUGCCCUCCGAGGUGGGCAGGAAGUCCGUGCCCCUGAGAAAAAUGAAACAGGAAAUAAAGGAGAUGAUGUCCCCAACUCCGGUGGAGCUGCACAAGGUGACCUUGUACAAGGGCUCUGACAUGGAGGACUUUGGGUUCAGUGUAGCGGAUGGCUUGCUGGAGAAAGGAGUAUAUGUCAAAAAUAUUCGCCCAGCUGGGCCAGGAGAUCUUGGUGGCUUAAAGCCCUAUGACAGGCUCUUACAGGUUAAUCACGUCCGAACGAGAGACUUCGACUGUUGCCUCGUGGUGCCCCUCAUAGCAGAAUCGGGCAACAAGCUGGACCUGGUUAUCAGCAGAAACCCCCUGGCUUCACAGAAAUCUGGAGAACAGACUCUACCAGGAGGGGAAUGGAGUGACCAGAACAGUGCUUUUUUCCAGCAGCCUAGCCAUGGCGGUAAUUUGGAGAUACGAGAACCCACUAACACGUUAUAGCAAUGCUUUUUAUAAAGCAGGACAAAGACAAUAUCUACAUGGUGCUAAAACAUCCCUCUCAGAUUCUGUGACGUCUGAAGCACAGAUAAUCACGUGGCAUUAACUGCAAGCACAGGGGUCUUUUAAAUCUCUCACGGCUCGUGUUCACUUCCCUUUCCAGGUUGAGGAGGUUUCUGUUUUGGUGACCACUAAGGUAUGUGGCAGGCAACUCCCUGCCAGCCCCAACGGGAGAGAAAAAUAAAAAUAGGUAGGACGCCCCUCCCCACAAUUAACAUCAGAGGAAAUUUUUUACAAGUUCAUCUUCCUAUCACUUUUUAAAAAGAGAAACGUCUGUUUGAAAAUAUUCUCUACGAUCAUUUCCUUAAUUCACUUUGCAGUUUCUUACUAUGAAGCCGUUCAUGUAAGAACUUGACCAACAAGUCUUUUGACAAAGCUGGCUCUACUACGGGAACUAGGGUUUGUAAGCUGCCGGGGCCACUGCUGUGGGAGGGGUUCAGGUAGAGAAUUGUUACCUUAAAAUGUUUCAGCGACGAUGCACGUAGGAGACCAUAAUAGGUGGUGGUAAUGUUUGCCCAAGUAUAGGAAUGAUUUUAACCACGAUGUAUGCUAUUCCCUAUGCAACAAAUAUCAAACAGGAUAUGUCUUGUGACCUGUUUUUUUUUUUUUAAGGACACAUUUUUAAUAGCUGAAAAUCUCUAAUAAUGAAUUAGAGUGUUUAGUAACACUGAGAAUUAGCUAUCUUAUUUUUAAAAUUCAAGACUAAGAAUUUAAGAGAGAAUGAAGAGUCUAUUAAAAUGAGAUUUAUCUUAAUGCUAGGCAAAUCAAACUCAUACUGCUUGACGUGUUUAUACUGACUGGUUAUACUGAGGGUGUACAGCACAUGUACUUAAAGAUGACACUGGAAUAUCUUUUGUUCUGAGCCAUGCCACUUACCGAAAUUGUAAAUACAUUCUUCACAAAAUGCAUUGCCAAUUAUUACCAUCCCUCAAAGCAAUAAAGUGAGACAGUUGCUUUUAAAGUUUGUCAGCAACUGUUUUCAUUUGUUCAGAUAUUUUGAAUAGUUACAAUAACUGUUAUUUGGUGAAUAUAAAAAAAAUAGAUCUGUAUAUUGAUUGUAGAAUCUCCAUACAGAAAUGAUUAUUUUCCAAACAUUUUCAUUUUGGUCAACAAUUAAUUCAAACAACCGCUUAGGUAAAGCAUUCGAACACUGUGUCCUUUGUUUAGGGAAAAAGUUCACCUUUCUUUUUGUGCAAAGAAAAUAUAUUAUUUCAAGCAUAUUUCAGAACCGCCAGGGCAAGAAGGUAUAAAGCAGAAUCAUGUGAAGAAAAACGGAUCAUGAGUCACUCAAAUAUGUAUUUUUAUUUGUAACAAGUAUUAAGCUGUAAAGUAUUUUUGUACAAAUUUAAUACUUUAAUAGCAUGAUAUUUAUCGUCUAUGUAUGGUUUUGGGGAAUUCAAAAUUGUUGCAAAUAUUUGUAUGGAAAAAAAAACCCUCUACCAAAUGGAAUAAACAGUGAUUUUAAAAAGCCCCCCCAAAAAACGGCACGCAUGUUUUUGGUGCUUUGAAUACAUUUUAGUGCUCCAGAGGGAGUCGUACACAAUGCUUGUUGUUACCUAAUUUUCUAAAGGGGAAGGUUUUGCCAUAAGCUUGAAAAGGAGGACAGGAGAGUGGGCAGAGCAUGGGUUCUGAAAUCGGAUCUGGGUUUGAAUUCCAGCUCUGGGACUCACUGGUGGGGUAAACUCACUUCCCAGGGGUCAGUUUCCCCACCUGUGACACUGAAGGGUCCAUUUGCACUCUGGCACUGCUGUGAGGAUGGGGUGUGACAUGCAGGUGAAAGUGUGGAAACAGCCUGCAGACGGGAACACCCCAACACUAGCAGUAGGUUUAUUCUAGGUGACAAGGAUAGAUCCUAACUGAAGGAUCACACAUCUCCCCUCAGAGAACAUUACAUGCAUUCUAUGAAAUACAUUUACAUCAACUAUUAAAGUGUACAAAUUCUAAUUAUGCUAUCUUAAAAAAAAACUACACCCAUAGUCCCAACAUUUUCAUUUUUGCAGGUUACCCUGUAAGCCUUUUUAAAUUCACAGGAACAAGGCAAGGAUGUGCAUUCUUGCCACUUCUAUUUAACAGGGACCUAGAGGUUUCAGCCAGGGCAGUAAGACAAGAACACGAAAUAAAAGGCAUCCCGAUUGGAAAGGAAGAAGUAAACUAUCUUUACUUGCAGAUGAUAUAAUCUUAUAUGUAAAAAAUCCUAAGGAAUCCACUACGAAUGUAUUAAAACUAAUAAAUGACUUUAACAAGGUUGCAAGAUAAGAUCAAUAGACAAAAAUCAAUUGUAUUUCUAUACAGUAACAAUAAACAAGCCAAAAAUAAAGAAAACAAUACCAUUUUCAGUAGGAUCACAAAUAAAAUACUUAGGCAUAAACCUGAUAAAAGAAGUAAAAACCUUAUACUUUGAAACUGCAAAACAUUGUUGAAAGAAAUGAGAGAAGACAUAAGUAAGUAGAAAGACAUCCUAUGUUCAUGGAUCAGAAGACUUACUAUUGUUAAGAUGGCCAUACUCCCCAGAUCUGUAGAUUCAACACAAGCCCCCUCAAAAUCCCAGCUGACAACUUUGUACAAAUCGACAAGCUGAUCCUAAAACUCAUACGGAAAUGCAAGGGACCCAGAAGAGCCAAAAAAUCUUGAAAGAGAAGAAUUGGAGGACUCACGUUUCUUGAUUUCGAAACUUACUACAAAGCUAAUGAAGACAACAUGUUGCUGGCAUAAAGACAGACAUAUGAAUCAAUGAAAUAGAAUUGAGAAGCCAGAAAUAAACCCUCAUAUUUACGAUCACUUAAUUUUUGACGAGGGUACCAAGACAAUUCAAUGGGGAAAGAACAGUCUCUUCAAGAAACAGAGCUGGAACAGCUGGAUAUCCACAUGCAAAAGAAGCAACUUUGACUACUACCCCACCAUAUAUAAAAAUUAACUCAAAAUGAAUCAAAGAACUAAAUGUAAGAUCUAGAACUAUUCAACUCUUACAAGAAAAAACAGGAGUAAGUGUUCAUGACUUUGGAUAGGCAAUAGUGCCUUAGAUGAAGCAGCAAAAACACAAGCAACAAGAAGAAAAAUAGAUACACUAGACAUCAUGAGAAUUAAAAACUUGUGCUUCAAAGGACACCAUCAAGAAUGUGAAAAUAAAAUCCACAGAAUGGGAAAAAAAUUUUUUAAAUAAUGUUUCUAAUUAAGGGCAUAUGUAGCAUAUAUAAAGAACUCAUAUCUUGAAAAUGAAAAAUAACAAUUUAAAAAUGGGCCAAAGAUCUGAACAGACUCUUCUCCAAAAAGGACAUACACAUAGCCAAUAAGCCGAUGAACAGAUGAUCAAAAUCACUAGCUGUAAGGGAAAUGCAAACCAAAACCCCAGUGAAAUAUCACUUCACGCCCACUAGGAUGGCUAUAAUCAAAAAGUCAGACAAUAACAAGUGUUGGAGGGAAUGUGGAUAACUGGAGCCCUCACGCACUGCUGGUAUAAAUGUGAAAUGGUGCAGCUGCUUUGGAAAAGAGUCUGGCAGUUCCUCAAAAUGUUGAGUUACCAUGUGACCCACAAUUCCACUCCUAGGUAUAUACCUAAAAGAAAUGAAAAUGUAUGUCCACACAAAAACUUGUCCACAGGUGUUCAUUAGUUAUAAUAGCCAGAAAGUGGAAACAACCCAAAUGUCCAUCAACUGACGGAUACAUUCAAUGUGCUAUAUCCAUACAAUGGAAUAUUAUUUGGUAAAAAAAGAGAUGAAGGCAUUUUGCCUCAUUGCACUAAGGGAAAGCAAGAUGGGGUCACCUGCAGCUCUACUGGAGCCACCUGCAAAAAUUCAGCCAAGGUUCCAGAUCUUGCCACAUCAGCUCAGACCCACAGUCUGAUCUGGAAACCCGGCAUCAAUCUACGCCUCCAGCUUUCCCAUCAGUACAUGAAGGAUCUAGGCUUCCAGUUGGACUGACCAAUCUUCCUUGAAUGGAUUAGCCAAGCCAUCUAUCCAAUGAAAGAAACAAUGCUAGCUCUUCGUACAUAAAUUUUUUAAAAAUCUUUUUUUAAAAAAAGAGAUGACUGGGGCCGGCCUGGUGGUGCAGUGGUUAAGUUCGCAAGUUCCGCUUUGGCAAUCCGGGGUUCACUGGUUCAGAUCCCGAGUGC